UGCUCAAAGAGACUAUUUAGGCUGACUCUCUGACCUACGGACUUUGACUGGCCGAUAAGACACACUAGUUCCGUCAUUUUUGUAAUUUAUAUAUUGUUGUUGGUGGUGAAAAGAAUGUGCCAUUAAUAGAUUAGUUGUCCAGUAUAAAAAAUAUAAAAAUGAACUCCACCAACUCGUCAGGAGUUUUACUGCAGACCAUGAUCUUUCUCAUGAACCAGAGUCUGAUCCAGCACGAGUCACAGUCUUACAACUACUAUCUGUUGCAAAUUGGACAAGAGUCGCACGCUGAAAAAUGUUAUGGGCUAUAUGGUUGCUUCAAACUGUCACCUCCGUGGACAUCGGAACAUAGACCGGUUUCAUUAUUUCCUGAGGAUUUGAUGAAGAUAGAACCAAAAUUUCCCCUUUAUACGAGACAAAAUUACCAUAAACCGGUUUUUUUAGACCUAAACGAUAUUUAUUUCGUUGAAAGCUCUGGAAUGGACCCAAAGAAACCUAUAUACGUCAUAUCCCAUGGAUAUGUGGAAGGUGGGGAUGCUCCUUGGAUUAUAGAAAUGGCCCAUAAGUUAUUGGACAGAGAAGACUGUUCCGUAAUAACGGUAGACUGGAGAGGAGGGUCUGGACCUCCUUACUCCCAAGCAGUGGCCAACAUACGCUUGGUUGGGGCGGUUGCCGCCCACCUCCUUUCCGACAUCGCCAAACACACCGGUACUUUAGGUCUUGACCACGUUCACCUCAUCGGUCAUUCGCUUGGUGCCCAUCUGAGUGGAUACGUCGGAUAUGCCCUUCAAGAGGAACACAAUUUGACUUUGUCGAGAAUCACAGGACUGGAUCCGGCAGAACCACACUUUGCCAAGACUCAAGCUCCUGUACGACUGGAUAAAUCAGCAGCAAAAUACGUGGACAUCAUCCAUACAGAUGCCAGUCAGUUUAUACGAGGUGGAUUGGGAAUCGUCGAAAGCAUCGGCCACGUUGAUUUUUAUCCCAACGGAGGCACCGAACAGCCAGGUUGCGGCAAAAGUAUUGUCCAGUACAUAAAUGACGAAAGUGGCAGUUUCGUGAAGGGUCUUAAGAAAUAUUUGGGUUGCAACCACUUGCGCAGUCACGAAUACUUCUACGCCAGCAUUGAUGGUAAAUGUUCAUUCAAGGGAGUACCGUGUUCAUCUUAUAAGGAUUUUGUGAACGGAAAAUGUUUCGACUGUGGUAAAAAGGGGGAACGAUGUUUAAGAAUGGGAUUCCAUGGAAGAAAAUCCUACGAAAAACUUAAAACGAAACCAAACAAAGGGAGCAUGGUGCAAUAUUUAAUGACAGCCGAUAAAAGACCUUACUGCAUGGGACACUAUUUGGUAAAAGUCAAUGUUUCCGAUUCCGAGGACAGUAGACAACAUGGAGGAGAAAUUGGGCAGCUCUACUUUACUAUGCAUGAAACUAGUGACGGAAAAGGACCUAGGUCAUCUCCAGCUGGAUUUAUUUCAGGGUAUUAUGGUCCAGGAGAUAAAUUACAAAAAGUUAUAGUCGCUGACGAGGUUAAUAAUAUGAAAGCUAUUGAAGUUGUUUGGAAAUACAAUAGCAGUCUGUUUAAUCCACUGACUUGGAGGAUACUGAGCAAUCCAAAAAUAUACAUUGAUGCGAUCGAAAUAGAAGCAUUGGAAAUACGGAAAAGGAUAAAGGUUUGUCCGAAGAACAAGAAACCCUUAGUGAAUGGACAGCCACAGUUGCUAAUAUCUUCGUAUUGUUAAAAUAUUCAUUUUCAUAUUUGUUCAUCGUUAUCAUUCUCAUCAUUAUUUAUUUAUAUUUCAAUACCACUUUAUAUUUGGAAAAUAAAUUUUUCAUAUAAACUACAGUAUAUUUCACUUAAAUAACGAAUAUUCGUCUCAUAUCUGUGAAUGGAUUACGUGAUAAUUUGCGUUGUAAAACAACGAAGGUCAUUACCCAAAUUAUAGUAAUACAUUAGGUAAAACAAUUGUUUAAUUUUAGAUUUAAAAAAAAUUACAAGUAAUUUAUGGAAAUCUACGUUAAUAAAAUUUAUUUUCGUCUGGC